AUGGUGAUGAAGCUGUCUGGUAUCCCCAAAGGCCGCCAUUGUGUUUCUGGUGCGCACGUCCCUCAUGUACGCUUCUUGCUCUGGCAGCUUGCGGUUGAAGUUCCCAUCAUCGUCGGGCUGGCCGAACAGCCUCUGGAAGGCGAAGCCUAUGGUGACGGCAGCCCCGGCGCCCAAGAUGCACAACAGGACGACAACCUGGUCGGGGAUACCCAUGGUAGGAUAAAGUGUGACGAAUCACAGCCAUAUUGCAGGAGAUGUACCGAGACUGGUCGAAAGUGCGAAGGGCCCAUCGCCCGCCACAUUCGUUUUGCUGAGGAUGAGUCCUCAGCUCCAAAACCCCUUGUUCUCCUGGCCGAGCUCUCCCUCCGCGCACCGAAACACAGCGACGAUGAACGUUGGGCUUUCAAUUAUUUCAUCUAUCGAGUGGCCCCAGUCUUCGCAGGAAUCAUCGACGGUCCUUUCUGGCUCGAGUUGAUCCCUCGCCUUGCCCACUCGUAUACCUUUGUGUGGCACAUGGUCAUGUCAAUCAGCUGGGCUUUCGAGCACGUCCAAUAUGGAGAGUUGAAGCCUGUUUUCGACACAGGCCGUCCGAUUGCUGUCGUCAGUAACGCCGAACACAGACGUGCAUUGAAGUGGUAUUCCAAGGCUCUCGUGAGUUUUCGUCAACAACUCGAGCAAGGUGAAGCGGACAAUGCACAUGCUCUUUUGAGUUGCAUCCUGUUCAGCGCUUUUGAGUUUCAGCAGAGGAACGUUGGCAACGCAAUGCACCUGAUGGAUAAUGCUUACAAAAUGCUGGGCCAGAAUCUCGCGGGUUCUUCCGCCCUGCUGUCGCGCACCGCAAAUACAGACCUCGACGAGACGGUGACGGCUUUCUCAUCGAGGAAGGCGAUAUUGAUGGCCACGCUUGCUACUCCAGAAUGGAAAUGUCGUGCAAGAGAAGGUAUCUCACGGCCUUUCGUCGUCGCUACUUUAUCUGUACUCGACGAAUUUCGACAGCAUUUGUACAAGCUCAUGUACAAAGCGUACGAAGUUGUCCGAGUGGCCGAUCUCCUAUCUCACGACGAGUAUGAGAUGCGGAAGUUGAGACCAAGACAGCAGAAAUGCCUAGGGAAAUUGCAACGAUGGAAGGAUACUUUGAUUCCUGUUUCGAAUGGCUUGCAGGAUGGUGAGGCUCGCUGGCUAUCUUCCUACCUCCUGAUGUAUUGGGGUGUCUGUCACAUCUGGCUGUCCAGCUGCUUGAGCCCGUGGGAGGUCUCAUUCGACGAGCAUAUGCAUGAAUUUGCAAAUAUCGUCGAGAGGGCGGAAGAGAUUAUUGACCACAACACUAGAGACGAAAUUAGCAGCCCAAUUUUCGCAGAGGAAAUCGAAAUGAUCAUGGCGCUGUAUUUUGCGGCGACUAAAUGCCGCAACGCGAUCGUUCGCAGGAGGGCUCUGCGUCUUAUACGAAAGAUUCCACGCCGCCGAGAAGGCUUUUGGGCAUCUAUCGCAUCUCCGCGCGUCGUCGAAAAGAUGAUCGCCAUUGAAGAAGGCCAGGAACAUUUCUUAGAAUAUCCAUUACCGGCUGGGCUACUCUCGUUUCCACCAGAAGACCAACGAAUACACCGUGUUUCCAUUGUCAAGGGGGACGUGCAUAAAGCCCGACGGCGCCUGAAAUUGCAAUGGACUAAGGUUGCAUUUGAUGAAGACGGAUCGUUCAGAAUGGUACACGAGAACGUCUGGCUGGAAGAGUGCAUUGAGGAACCUGGUCGAAACUCAGCGAUACCGAACACGGGAUGA